UAAGCAAGUUGUUGAACGAUGUUGUUUUGUUGGUGCUGUUUGGGUUGUUGAAUAUUGAUGAAUGGUUUUAUUGUUCAAAACAAAUUUUGUAACAAAUCUAUAUUUUAUUCAUUCAGAAACCUAAUAAAAAUUAUUUUUCUUGUCUUGUCAAGAAAUUUAUAUGAAAUCCUUCAACAACUGUCUUAAUUUAUUCUUUCUUUGUUUCUAUUAGUGUGUAAUCUUCACCUAGAAGAAAAGCAUAUGUGAUCUUUAAUUAAGCAUUCUAUAGAUUCUAAAAAAAAUGUUUAAUCUAAAAGAAAAGCAUAUCUGAUUCAUAACAUCUUUCUCUGUAUUCUGUUGACAAAAGAAUCCAUUGCAAAAUAUUACCUUAACUAUUAAAAGCAAUACAGAACACUGUGGAUCCGAAACAGAAGAAACUAGCUAGGGGUUGUUGACAGAGUAACCACAGAACAGAAACCUGCCAUGGGAAACGGUUCAAGUGUUUCUCGGGAACACGAGGAAUGGAGACGACUCACUGAUGCUGCUGCUAAAAGAGAAAAAGAGCUACAAGAAACAAUAAAUAAGCUUCAGGAGUCUCAGAGAGAAAGGCGUUUGCUAAUCGAGAUGUUGACGUCGAAUCUUGAGGAUACCAAGAAGAAGCUAAUUGUCUCUGAUAGUAAGGUUCGCCAAUUGGAAAACCGAUUACAUGAAGAGAGGCUGACCACUGCACACGGAGUAAAGAAAAUUGGAGAACUUGAUCAGGAAAAAAGAAGAUUAAUGAAAGACCUUGAGAGUGAAAAGGCAGCUCGAGAAAAAGCACUCUCGAAGGUUUCUGUUCUCGAGCUUCAGAUAAAUGCUGCAAUGCAAGAUCUUGAUUCAGAGAGGCGGAGGUUAAGAGGUGCCAGGGAAAGGCUAAAGCUUCAGGAAACACAACUUCAGGCAUUUCAUUCAACAUGUGAGGUGAUACAAAUACUGUUUGCUAGGCAACAGGAGCAAUUAAAGUCUAUGCAAAGAACUCUUGAAGACGAAGAGAAUGGAGUCGUCAGUGGAGCCUCAGGCAGAGAAAAACAGCUUGCUGAGGAACAUAGUAACAAUGAUGUUAAGGCAGGAAUGUCUACUACUGUGCAGAAGCACAAUGACGGAGAUCAAAUUCAAGCUUCAAGCAAUGAAGCAAGUGUCAUUGAGAAACAUGACCCUGAUAAAAAAUGUGAAGAACACCGAAAUAUGCAAGAGGUGGAUCAAGUUCAAACUUCAGCCAAUGAAGCAAGUGUCACUGAGAAGCAUCCUUCUGAUAUUACAAGUGAUGAAUGCCUAAAUGCACAUGAAACAGAUCAAGUUCAAACUUCAACCAACGAAGAUAGUGUCACUGAGAAGCAUCACUCUGAUAUUAGAAGUGAAGACUCCCAAAAGACACAUGAAACAGAUCAAGUUAAAACUUCAACCAACCAAGCAAGUAGAACUGAGACGAGUCAUUCUGAUAUUAGAAGUGAAGAAUCCCAAAAUACACAUGAAGACGACCAAAUUCAAAGUUCAAUCAAUGAAGGAAGUUUCACUAGUAAGCAUGAUUCUGAUAUAAGAGGAGAACAACGCCAAAAUACACAUGAGUUCAACUGUGCAGAUCAUGACCAUGAUGUUAGAGGUGGCUUUGGUUCUAAUAAUGACGUUGGCACAGAAACAUCCAUGAUAAAAGGAGAUGCUGGAAGUACCGAGCCAGUUCUCAAAACUGAGAGUUGUAGAGAUCGUAGUGAACAGAAUAUUGAUUUGAACGAAUGUGGCCCACUGGACAUGGACACUAGACAGUUUGGUGAGGGUAUAAAUGCACAAGAAACUGAGGAGCAUGCUCAAAGACCUGAUCACAAAGUUUUACAUUUAUUGCUACCAUGUUCUCCUAUAGAAACUGAUAAUACAACCAAGGAUAACAAAGCUGGAGAAGCAGUUAGAACAGCUGACCUUUUAACUCCUGAUGCUGCUGCAGCCGGACAGAAAGAACAGCAAGAAUUUUUGCAUCUGAUUUGAGGGAGCAGUUUGGAGUUUCUGCAUGUGAUUGUGACAAACAGAAUGUAUGUAUAUGGUUCAUCUAACUCGGAUACUAUUAAUAUUUGUGGCAACAAUGAUAGAGUCAAUGCAGAAGUUAGAUCAUAUCUUAUAGAAACCCAGGGUAAUUCCCAUGGUGAGAAGAAUCAUAACCAGGAUGGAUGCUAUGUACGGAGGUGAUGAAUCAACAGAAGAAAACUGGACCUCUUUUAAAGUUGGGGAAUGUGUAUAUGUAUAUACACACCUACAUAUAUACAUACGUGGGUAUAUACUUCAGAGAUCUCAUGUACAUAAGUGAUUAGUCUCUUCUCUCUACCUCUGUAAUUAUAUUAUAUGUAAGACACUUUACUGAAUGUUAUUGUCAUUCAUAUAGAUCUUCAUCACUUUGCAUGAUUUUGUCAGGAAUGUUCUAUCAAAGCAAGUAAUAUGCUGAAUGAGGCAUACAUGUAACAAUAAACAUGGCUACUUGUAAAGCUUAUAUUAGUAGAUAAUCAAGUAAAAAUCAUUGUAAGCGUCCUUGAGCAAUGUCCUAGC